GGCAAGUUAAAGUGACAUUUUUUUAUUUUUUUAUCGAAAAUUUCUUACAAAUUUUGGAAUUUAGGUUAUUAAUGAGAAAGCUUGAUUUUCCCUUUUUUAUUACUAAUUUUAAAAGUUUGGUUUUAUUAUUAUUUUGGCAUUUUUCCCUUUAUUGUCUUAAUUUUUUACUUGUUCUGGAAGCAAAAACCCCUAGUAUUGUAUGUGAUAUAUAUUCAGCCGUUUGGCCAAGAGGAACAAGAUUAGAAACAUUGCUUGUGUUCUCAAAACUGAAACCGAAGAUAUAUCGUCAAAUCUAGCAUAAGAUUUCUAGGUCAGUGCGUCAAGAACAUCAUGGGAAUCUGGAGCUAUAUGGGGAAAACAUCAGUAUUCAUAUUUGGUCUUGGAUUCUAUACGCAUGCUGCUUUAUUCUCUAAUUCAGAUAAUAAGAUGCUUAUGACUCAGUUGGAAUCCUUCAAAGAGACUGUUAAGGUUCAGAUGGAGUCCUUUAAAGAGCCAUCUAAAGCUCAAAUGGCUAAGUAUAGAGAAAUGGACCAAAAGUUUGAAGCUAAGUAUAAAGAAAUGGAAAAUAAGUUGGACAAUCUUGUGAAGUUGUCUAUGACUCAAAUCUCCGAAUUGAAAGUAACUAGAGAGAAGUGUUGCAAUGAUUUGUGGAAAGCAAGAAAAUACAUAGAGGAAUUUCAUGAGGGAAUGGAUCAGAAGAAACAAUCUAAUUAAAUUAUGCCUUUUAUGAGUUGUUGUUAAAAAGUCUUUUAUGAGUGAUCAAUGAUUUUAAGUGAUUUCUUCUUCUCUAUGUCUAUAUUCUUGGUGAACCUUGUCCCAUUUAUGUUCGAAUCAUGUUAUACCCAUGUCGAUCGGGGCAUAACAAAUUGGUAUCAGAGCCACAGUUACGUUCUUCUUGACCGUGGGUAUAAGUCGUAACGCUAUCUCACUUCUCUGAUAAAUGCUCGCUCGAGUGGAGUCCAUCGCAGGGAUUCUAGACUGGAUAUUUAAACCAGCAAGCCUUGCUAACGAUGAAGGGAUAUGCUGAACUUGAAGCAACCAGAAACCUCAAUCUAUCAAAAACAAAAUUAUAUAAAGGCUAAGUUUAUACGAUCGCAGAUAUUAAAUAUAUAUAGAAUAUGAAACUAAUUGUCAAGCUGUUGUUUCAAGCUUCCAUAUAGAUCAAAUCAGCGUUUACUCAAAAUCUGGAAUGCAUUGUCAAGCUGGUGUUUCAACUUUAUAUAUUCGAAAUUUGGAAACAACGGAUCCGAAUGCUAGGACAUCACUCGGAAUCUCGUCCCUGGCUACUUUGAAUUAAGUCAUUAAGCAAAAGAUACCAAACAAACUCGUCUACUAUCCUAUCAUGUUCAUCAGAGACCAUCUUGCAACUUGGUUUCAU